GCCUUUUCCUUCUCAGCAGGCUCUUUACGAAAACGAAGCCUUCCCGCUCCGUCCCUCAAGUUACAAGCAAGCUCCGUUUCCCCUCCUCUCUCGUCCGUACCUAUCAAUUGCCGCUUCUCUUAAAGCCACCGAUAUCUACCUUAUUUUCCGCUAUAAUACAUUCUUCGUUGCUCGCAUCUUUCACAUUUCCCUCGUAUCCGCGGCGCCUUGCGUUGUGCUUUGGGCCUGUAACCCGCGAUAUAUACCGUAUCUCAUCGCAUCGCAUCGCAUCGCAUCGCCAUUAUACCGUCAAAUUUUAUCCUCUCUCGUCAAUAUUCGCCAUGCCGAUCCGAAACCCCUUUGCCCGUCGCCCCGGCCCUCUGGCCACGGCCAACGACAGCAUCUUGACCGACCAGGAGCGCAGCUAUUCCGGCUUCGAGCGAGUCGACACCGUCGGCUCCAAGGCGUCGUCCGCCCUCAGCAUCCGCAGCGCCAGAAGUCAGGAUACCGGCGAGUAUAAGAUGAGUGUCGUUAAUGACAGCGGCGUCUAUCUUCCCCCCUCACCGUCUGAGGAGAAGAGCCACUGGCCGCGCCGCUAUCUGUCGUCGCGAGAGUCUUCGGACAGCUCCGGCGAGAUUGAGCAGUUUUCCAUUUCUCGAGAAUCCUUUGAUUCGUACCGACGCUCAUUUGACAUCUCGGCUCGAUCUCCCAUCGCUGCAUACGACGUUCCCGCCCGCCAGAGCCUCGACUCGGCCCGUUUCGCGCGAAUGCCUAGGUCGGCAAUCAACCGUAACAUGGAGCAGCUGCCCACCGCCGACGAAAACUUUGAGGAUGUCGGACUCGACGAUCAGAAGCAGCCGCCGCGCAAACGGGGCUUCUUCUCCAAGCUGACAGAGACCCAGGAGAAGGACUCCUCUUCGCCCCAAACCGGAGUCUCGAGGUUCCUCAUGCCUGGGAGAAAGAGGGCUCAGAGUGGCCAAGGGUCCGAGCUGGGCACAAUUGAGCCGCCCGCGGUCGCCUCGGCAGACUGAGAGACGAAUAUAACGGGGGAAAAGGCGACGACCCGAUGAACGACGACUCGGCGGCAACAUGAGACAUUUAUACCACAUACCGUUUGAAAGUGUGUCGGGCACCCAUGUUUUUUACGAUUCUGGACAAUGGAUAUGAUUUAUUUCUUAACGACGGCGUUUGGGACUAUCGGAAUGGCAGGCGGAUAUUCGCUGCCGUCGCACAGCUUGCAAGGGCAGCUGUGUGGGAGGAGGCUUGCAUUUCGCACUUGGCGAAGCUUGUCAGUAUGCAUCUGAUUGAUGUGAAGCUGGCUGGUAUACUCGAGGGAUUACGUUGGCGAGGGAAUUACUUUUUGGCACGAGGAAGAACGGGACGGCUUAAUGAUAAUCACUCAUGUCGGCCAUUGCAUAUCGGGGUGGCCAA